UAGGCGGGGCAACUCUUAGCGGCGCUUUCAGUUUCUGGAUGCGAAGCGGGGUCUUCGGUCGCAGGCGCAAAGGGGCGCGUUGUCGGAGGGCGAUGGGGCCGCCCCGGGCGCCCCUCUGGCUCCUGUGGGCUGGGCUGGGGUCCUUCGUGCCGGGCAGCCGCUGUGGCUCCUCUAGGCACUCCCUGUCCUAUUCCUACCUGGAGGUAUCAGAGUCCAGUCAGAGGGUGCCCAAGUUCCUCUCCAUGGUCCACCUGGAUGAUGAGCCCAUCGCUCGAUAUGACAGUCCCACCAGGAAGUUGGUUCCUCUGGUGCCCUGGAUGGAAGUGGAGGAGGCGAAGACAUUUGUGGUACCUGAGAUGGUGUUCAGAGCUGACCUAGAGUGGUUAUCAGAACUCAACCCACAAACUGGAGAGCUUCACACCUGGCAGGUGGUUUGGGGCUGUGAGCUCAGGGAAGAUGGGAACAAAGGAGGAUUUUUCUGCUAUGGCUACGAUGGGAGGGACUGCAUCAGUUUCAAUAAGGAGACCCUCACAUGGGUGGAAGCUCAGCCCCAGGCCCAGAAGAUCAAGGAAAAGUUAAAGGAUCCAGUGAGGUUUAAGAGAAACAAAGUCUUCCUGGAGAAGGACUGCCUUGAGUGGCUACAGAAAUGCCUCUCCUACCAGAAGGAGGCUCCAAAAAAGAUAGAGCCCCCAGUGGGGAAGGUGACCCGCAAGGUGGUGAAUGACAGCCUGGAAGUCCUCAUCUGCCAGGCCUUUGGCUUCUACCCCAAGGAGAUCCAGGCCACCUGGAUGAGAGACAGAGAGAUCUGCCAGAAUGAGACCCUCCGUAGGAACGUGGCCCCCAACUCCGACGGGACCUAUUAUGUCUGGAUCAGCAUUGAGAUCGACUUCAAGGAGAGAGACCGUUUUCGGUGUUACCUGGAACACAAGGGAUUACAGGAGCCCCUGGUCUUGGCCUGGAAGAACCAAACCGCUACAGGGUGGCAGAUUACUGGGGGAACUGUGGCUAUCAUAAUCUUUGGAGUUGUGAUUGUCAUCAUUGCAGUUGUCCUGAUAUACAUAUGUUGGAAAAAAUGUCAUCCCAACAUGAGAACUUGCUGUGACCCUGAUUCUCAAGAAAACCGACCUCCCUCUGUGGAGUUGCAGUCGAUGUCCCCAUGUAACGCUAGCUCAGAGCAGAACACAACCUCUGGAGGGCAGAGGCCCCAGAUGGCUCCUCGUGGAGACGCUGCUUCAAGAUUUCUCAAUGGAGGAGAGCAGCAGAUGAUGAAGAUGCUGAGGAUUAUGACUAUCAUUAUCAUCAACAUGAUAGUGAAAUUGAUUCUGUUCAUGAUUACUUUUAACUUUACGAUUAUUUCACAUAUUUGUCAGGUGACACAGAACUUAUCAUGGCUUAUUCAGAAUUUGGCUGCACACGUGGCUGGCCUGUGCAUGUACUGGUAUUUGCAGCUCCGUGGUGGGAUUCAAAAUUUUUUACUAACAGUUCUGUGGGAGAGGCUUGGUGGGCGUGGCAUGGAAAGAAUAUAG